AAUACUACAUAUUUUAAGGCCUUUUAGCAUUGCGCCAUUAUUCUACGCAUUACGGGUGACGUAGUGACAUAUGCAAUACAGGCGUGCGUGCGCGAGAUAUGCGCUGCUGACGUGUAGGAUUACAGAUCAUCAUGGGGAAAAGAAAAGUGCCAGAUUUGUAUCGUGCCCCUUUCCCCCUCUACACUGUUAAAAUUGAUCCUAAAACUGGACUCAUCAUUACUGCUGGAGGGGGUGGAGCUUCCAGGACCGGCAUUAAGAAUGCAGUGCAAUUCCUUGGUUUAGAGCUAGUGGGAGACCUACCCAGUGCCACUCUGGUGCACUCUCAUGACACAGGAUCAAGUGCCACCAUGAACAUGGCACUGGGAGGAGAUGUGAUUGCUGCUGGACAAGAUGACAACUGCAUUGUGAUGCGCUUCAAGCAGCAAGAGCCUAAAUCAGCUGCUCUAAAAGACGGUUCUGGGGAGCAGGGAAGUGCCAGGAGGAGAGGAGCGAAAAGCCAAAGUGGUGGUGGUGGUGGCGUUCCCCAGACAAAGGACACGUCAGUGAAAAUAUUAGUGGACAAAGUUGGAGUGGUGCAGUCAGACUUCAGCCCUCAGGACCCGCUCCAGAAGUGUGUGCGCUUCAGCUCUGACCUGAAGCUGCUUCUUACAGGAGGAGCUGACGGAUAUGUGAAAGCGUGGGAGUUUCCCUCCUUGAAAGAGAAGUUGAACUUCAAAGCUCACCAAGAUGAAAUAGAAGAUAUAGACAUCAGCCCUGAUAACAAGCACAUUGUGACAGCAGGGAGAGAUUUUGCAUGCAGCGUAUGGAGUGAUGAUCAGCUCAUGCUCGGUUUACGCUGGCAUGACCACAUGCCCCACAUUACAGAGAAGAUGUAUCGCUACCAGUCCUGUCGGUUUGCUAAGGUUGAGGACCAAAAAGAUGCGUUAAGACUGUACACGGUCCAGAUUCCUCACAAACGGGAGCGUAAACCACAACCUUGCUACCUCACAAAAUGGGAUGGCCGGAGCUUCUUGCCUUUGCUAACUAAACCAUGUGGCAAUGAAGUGAUCUCCUGUUUGAGUGUUAGUGACUCUGGAACUUUUCUUGGUCUCGGUACAGUCACAGGAUCGGUAUCCAUCUAUAUCGCAUUCUCACUCCAGAAUCUGUACUAUGUAAAGGAAUCCCACGGCAUUGUGGUGACAGACCUAGCGUUCCUGCCUGAUGCCCCCAAAAGCAAACCUGUAAAGGGAAAUAAUGAAGUAGCCAUGAUUAGUGUGGCUGUAGACAGUCGCUGUCAGAUGCAUACUAUGGCCAACCGGAGAUCUGUCCCGAUAUGGCUGGUGCUGUUCCUGUGUCUUGCACUGCUUGUGGGUGUCGUCCUGCUCCUGCAGCAUUUCUUCCCAGCGUUCAUUUAAAGACGUGGUCAAACACAGCAUACCUUUCUGAUAUUGGAAAAGCAUUUUAACUGAAGAAUUAUCUCAGGAGCUUUCAUUUAUGAUCUUAAUAGAUAGGAAUGAUGAACUGGGUUUUUUUUUUACUUUGUAAUGGAGCCAUUUUUGUCUGUCUAUGUGUCGUGUCUGCAGUCACCUUUUCAUUGCUAAUACCUGCACAUGGAACAGAUUGAACAGUAAGAGGAAAUGGACCUUUGUAACAGCUUCAUGGACCUCAUGAAGGUCUCAACAUCAUGAAGGUCUCAACAUCUGUGACUAAUGUAAUAUAUGUAGAAAGACAUCUUUAGAUCAUUUUAAUUAUUUAAGCUAGUUGGAACUAUCGAAUUAUGAAAAAACUAAAUCUUCGAGUCUGGCAGGUGCCUUUAUAACGCUUAUAAUGCUGUUUAACCAUUCUACAGUUUGUGCACAAUUAAUGGAAUGUUAUUUGUGGCAGACAAAUACCGUUUACAAUGGGGUAUAAUCAAAAUACAAGCAAUUCAUAUUUAUUUUGAAAUGAGUUAAGGUGCUACCUAAGCAAUUUCAUGACAUGUUCAUAGCCCCAGUAAUUAUUAAAAAAUAUUUGUAGAAUAUUUUAUAUUUUUUAAUCAUUUCUGUUAACUUUUUCAUAAUUGGCAUAAAAUGAAAUAAAAAAAAUUAUGUAGCAACUAUUAUUUACUCACACAUUUCAUGAAUGAACUUAAUAGCUCUAGGAUUUCUUCUGUUCAGGAUUUUGUGUUUUUUGGUUUCACAUGAGAACUUUUCUGAGCCUUUUCAUGUUAUUUGUUAAUUUAUAUAUAGAAAAUUUGCAUUCCUCCACUAGAGGACACUAUGUCUUCAUUUAGAAGCCACAUUGAGUUGAGUUGUAUAUUGGAAAAGAUGAAAUAAAUGUUCCUUAUCUGUU